GUGUGAAGGAUGGGAGAUAAAACGUCCACCGCUCUGAAGACAGAUGGAGUAUCCUUUGUUCUGAGCAGCACCCAGCAGGAUGACUGGUCCUCUCACACUCUGCUGCCUUCUCUCUGCUCACACUCUCAGUCUAACAGCUGGUUAUUUAAGCGUUUCCAUUCAGCCUCUUCCUUCUGUUGUCAUUGGAGACACAGUCACACUCAAAUGCAACUUCCAAACAGACGGCAUCCUCAGAGAGAUUGUCUGGUUUCGGGUGAGCACACAGGUGGUUGAAGGAGGCAGUGCCAAGCAGAAGAUUUUCACCUAUGAUGCUAUGUACAACAGCACCUACUCCCACAUGGAGGACAACCACAGACGAGAGGACCUGGUCUACCAGUCAACUGUGCGGCUUCCUGAGGUCCAGAUGGAAGAUGACGGCUUGUAUGAGUGCCAUGUGGGGAUCUAUGACAAGAGCUCCACAGACAAAGUGAUUCUAGCCUCUGGCAGCAUCACCCUCACUGUCAUAGUACCUCCCAAGUCUAUCUCUGUGGUGGCAGCCAACAGCCCGGCUCCUUUCAGCCGCUAUGAGGCCCACAACUUCACUCUGGUUUGCAUUGUUACAGGAGCAAAGCCAGCUCCCAUGGUGUACUUCAAGCGAGAUGGUGAGCUUAUCGAUGUGGUGCCAACUGACCAGUUGUCCUCAAUGGAAGACCCAAGCAAGGGUCGAGGUCUAGAAAAAAGCUUUGACAGGAGACUAGUGGGGCUAUGGAGCUCCCGGGCUCUCACCAGUGGAGACCUUGAUGACACCAAACUCAAGAAGUCCCUGCUGGAACAAGAGGGGAAGCUUGCUCGGCUGGGCCAAGAUGGCCCAGAUGGCCUCGAAAAGGGCAGAGAACAUGGGUCCAAGUCAGACUCCGAGCCAACCACCGAGGUGAUUCCUGAGACGGUGGUGAGCCGGGAGUUUCCCCGCUGGGUCCAGAGCAGUGAUCCGCUCUACUACUUCCAGCAGCAGCAGCAGGCAGCACGUGACGGCACCAUGGAGGUGAGAGCCAUGCUGACCUGGAGCCUCAACCCCCAGCUGGACAAUGAGGCUCUGUUCAGCUGUGAGGUCAACCAUCCAGCUCUGUCCAUGCCCAUGCAGGCCGAGGUCACACUGGCUGCUCCCAGAGGACCCAAGCUGUCCAUGAGCCCCAGUAAGGCCACUGUGGGAGACACCGUGCGGAUCACUGUCCAGGGCUUCCAGCUGGGACCUUCUGCAAGCGAGGUCUUCCCUGAGCCCAUAUUCACCUGGACCAAGGUCGGCGGGACACUGCUAGAUGGCAGAGAAGAACAUAACGGAAGGGAGCUCAUCAUGGAGAGAGUUCCUGCUGAGCUCAAUGGCUCAAUGUUCCGAUGCACGGCCCAGAAUCCUCUUGGGUCCACAGAUACCCACACCCGCCUCAUCGUGUUUGACAACCCAAGACUGAGGAAAAGACAAUUUAUUGCAAUUAACGCAGCAGCCAGAGAGUGCCCCCUCAUAUUGACCUCCAUGUUGUUGCUGCUGAGCCUCACCUGCGAGCUGACGUGACCCAGGACUCUGCUGCACCUCCACACACCACCGGCAUCUACCUGAGGCAUCUUUAAUGACUCCCCGGCAGUAGGUAAACCCCAACCCAGCUGUUCCAGCAGAGCUAAACAGUAAAGGUGUAGCAAGACUGGGAGAGAAGACAGACACUGACACAGCAUCAGCCAUAGAGCAAAGGUCCAGAGGCUGUACAGCAUGCCCUCACACUAUGAGCAACUUUGCUGAUGAGUUACACUAAUUUCACUGAUUAUGAGAGAGGCUCUAAUUGCAUCAUACUAAGGAAAAGGUUGGUGUAGUGUGUAUGAUGUCACCUACAAAUCUCUGCAGGGUUGACACUAGAUCCCAUGGAAUAAUAGCACUGGAUUAUGGUCAAGUUUUUCUCAAAAGUUUGGAGUGAUAUUACAUGCAUUAGGGGAGGAGCCAUCCCAAUAUUUGCCACAGUGGCAGUGCUAGAAUUUGACCCAUUGUCAGUGUUGGGCAAGUUAAUUAUAAUAAUUAAUUAAUUAACAUUAUAGAUUAC